GGCGGGCGGCGGGCGCGGGAUGGCCGCGGCCACCUCCAACCCCUACCUCCCCGGCAACGGCAUCCUGGCCGCCGGCUCCAUCGUCCACGCCGACUCGGGCGGCGGAGGCGGCGGCGGCGGCGGCGGGGGCAUGCAGCCGGGCGGCGUGGCCGUCACCUCGGUGGCGGGCGGCUACCGCGGCGACCCGGCGGCCAAGAUGGUCCAGAGCGACUUCAUGCCGGGCGCCAUGGCCGCCAGCAACGGCGGCCAUAUGCUGAGCCAUGCCCACCAGUGGGUGACGGCCCUGCCCCACGCCGCCGCAGCCGCCGCCGCCGCCGCCGCCGCCGCCGCCGAAGCGGGCUCGCCCUGGUCCGGCAGCCCCGUGGGCAUGACGGGCAGCCCCCAGCAGCCGCCGCCGCCGCCGCCGCCCGACGUGAAGGGCGGCGGCGGGCGAGAGGAGCUGCACGCGGGCGCGGCGCUGCACCACCGGCCGCCCCACCUGGGCCCCCCGCACCAGGGGCACCCCGCGGCCUGGGGCGCGGCGGCGGCGGCCGCCCACCUGCCCGCUAUGGCCGGCGGGCAGCAGCAGCAGCAGUCGCUCCUGUACUCGCAGCCCGGGGGCUUCACGGUGAACGGCAUGCUGAGCCCCGCGGGCGGCGGACAGAGCCUGGUGCACCCCGGGCUGGUGCGCGGCGGAGAGACGGCGGAGCUGGGCGAGCACCCCGGGCAUCACCAUCACCACCACCACCCGCACCCCGGGCACCACGCGCCGCACCACGGCGCCGUCAACAGCCACGAGGCGCACUCGGACGAGGACACGCCGACCUCGGACGACCUGGAGCAGUUCGCCAAGCAGUUCAAGCAGCGGCGGAUCAAGCUGGGCUUCACCCAGGCCGACGUGGGGCUGGCGCUGGGCACCCUGUACGGCAACGUCUUCUCGCAGACCACCAUCUGCCGCUUCGAGGCCCUGCAGCUCAGCUUCAAGAACAUGUGCAAGCUGAAGCCUUUGUUGAACAAGUGGCUGGAGGAGGCGGACUCCUCCACCGGCAGCCCCACCAGCAUCGACAAGAUCGCGGCGCAGGGCAGGAAGAGGAAGAAGCGCACCUCCAUCGAGGUGAGUGUCAAGGGCGCCCUGGAGAGCCACUUCCUCAAGUGCCCCAAGCCCUCCGCGCAGGAGAUCACCUCGCUGGCGGACAGCCUGCAGCUGGAGAAGGAGGUGGUGAGGGUCUGGUUUUGCAACCGGAGGCAGAAGGAGAAACGCAUGACGCCGCCGGGGAUCCAGCAGCAGACCCCCGACGAUGUCUACUCGCAGGUCGGCGCCGUCAGCUCCGACACGCCGCCCCCUCACCACGGACUGCAGAGCGGCGUGCAGUGAGCUGGGCUCCGCGGGGCCGGGCCGGGAGAGCUCCGGCGGCGGCGGCGGCGGCGCCGCGCUCACACACACGGACACGGACACUCACACUCACACGCACGCACGCACUCACACACACACACACACACUCGCGCGCGGGCCGGGCUCGCUCGGGCCGCCCGUGUCGGUAUAUGUACGGAUAGAGGAGGGCGCCUGGAUCUAUCUGUCUAUACGGGAUCGAUAGAGAGAGGGAGCGCCGGGGAAGGUCGAGCCGAGCGAGAGCGUUUCCGCUGCGUUGGGAGAACGGGGUGGAGAUGCGUAAUGCACCAAAACUGCAGAUGUGCCGGGGGCUGCUGUGGGAAGAGGGCUCGGCCGGGUGGGUUCUGCCUUGGGUUUCUGUUCGGGUUUUUGCUUUUCGCCCCCCCUCCUCCCCCCUCCCCCGUGAGCCCCUCUCUCAGAGAUGGGGUCUGCAUCUCUCCCCUCCUCCCCCCCCCCGUGCUCUCCCCUAUCCCCAAAGGGCUCUUCUCUCAAUCACGGAAACUUUAUUUUUCCCCCCUUCCUUUU